UCGCAGCAUGAAAGGGAUUCGCAGAGAGCUCGUCGGGUCAGAGAGGUUUCUCUCGGGUUGAGUCUUUGGAUUCGGCUCUCACGACCGUGGUGUGAGUAGCGAAUGUUUACUCGUUUCCACGCUGGUUUCAUAAUGCCUCGCAUUUUUUUGUAUGAAUUUGCCCCAUGUCAAAUCCCAUGCAUUUUUGUUAGGAUAUUUAUAGGUUGAGAUUAACAGCAUGGAUUACAUGGAUAUUGCGAAAAAUGAAGACGGCUUAGAACCGCAGGAUACAAAUCACAGGGUGGAAAAGCUCAAGGAAGCACACCUUUUGUUAAAGAAAAAACUCAGCUUAUCCCACGAAUUAAUAAAGCAAUACAAUGACAAAUUAAAGGAAUGUCAAGAAGUCAAUACUGAAUUGGAAGUAACCAAGCAUAAUGUAGAAACAAUAACACAAAAGCAUAGUUCAAGCUUGAUUAAAAUCACGCAAUUAGCACAAGAAAAUGAUGAGUACCGCCAAAAGAUUGAGAAUUUUUCAAAGACGAUAUCGGAUCAGGAAAUCAAAAUUGCAGCAGAUCGACAGCAUGUACAACAGCUUAUAUGCAAAAUGCAGGAGUCGGAGCAGAUUCACUUAUCGGAAUCUAAAAAAGUGAAUCACUGGAAAGAGAAAGCAAAGAUGUUAGAAAACAAGUUGAAGGAAGACAAAAAGUUACACGAAGUUCAAAUUAAAGAAAAGGAAACGCAAAUCGACGUUCUAAAAACUGCUGGCACUGUGAAAAAUCAAACUAAAAAGGAAACCAAGAUCACACACGAGAAAUCUACGUGUAUCGGUAAUGAACUUGAACCAGUCAUAUUGAGGCCGAAAAUGGUGGACAAAUGCGUAUUGACGAACGAUUUUUACAGCAUAAAAGAUGAUCCGUACCCUCUAUUUUGUACAAAAUGUGAAGUAAAAUUGGACCCUGCUCCAUUGGACCAGAUACUCGACAAGAUGUCAACCUGUCCUGCUCUCAUCACAGAAGUUACAUCCCCCCCUAGAAAACCUAUGAUCACCAGGCUGCACACAAACCCUCAAGAUUCAGUACAAAGGGAAUUGAUACAGCCUGAAGCCAUAAGUGACAAUGUAUGCACUCUGAGUCAAAAUUUGGAACAUGCAGAAAAGAUUUCUGACAUAUCAAAGUCCGAUUUCAAGCGAUUGGAGCAUAAAAUUUGCCUGCUUGAACGGGAGCUGCAAAAAACGAGAAAGAAAGAUAUGCGAAUCAGAAAUCAAUGUUCCAGUUGCCAGCAUCUCAAAAACUGUUACGUAGCGCCACCCUAUCAUAAUAUAUUUCAAUCUGGAGCUAUGAUGCAAACUCAAGCUGAAUUUCUAGAAUUUAAGAAUUGGCAACAAGGUUUGAUAAAUCGGAAGAGAAGGUGCCCAAUUAAUAGCCAAAAAUCUGGUAGGCGUCGAAAAAAGUGGAUGAAAAAACAAAAAUUGCAAGACGGUACAUCAGAAUGGCACAUUGAUCCUAUUCCAGUGAGAGAACCUAUAGAUUUCAAUCAUGGCAAUAUGCUUAGAACGCAUUCUGAGACAUCGAACGACCGAUUAAGAGCCAAAUCACCUCUGUUGAACUGUCAAGAGACGAAGAUUAAGUCAUCGAAACGCCACAAGAAAAGAACUAAGGAACUAUUGAACUUAUUUUCUACGAGCUCAUGUGCCACGUCACCAAGUCAUUCAGAUCUUGAUUCAGAUGUAUUCAUGGAUGAAGAACUUUGCGACAAAAAGCAAAUGGACUCGCCGGAAUCUGAGUUGUCCAUGGAUCGAGAAAUAGUGAGAAAUUCUGAUAGAAUGUCCGAACAUUUACUUACAAGUGAACCGGUAGAAUGUAUUUCUAAUGAACAAAUUAAAAGUGUGAAGAAACCACAGCGAAAGUCGACAAAACUUUCGUUAGUGAGAAAAAUGAGGAAUUUAAAAAAGAUCUGCAGUGACGCAAAGCCUCCAAUAAAGAAUGUUGUAUCUGUAAGCAACAAAAAACCACAUUUAGUCCAUACUCAAGUGACUGUACAGAAUGCAAAUAUCAAUAACGAACGCGGAAAUGAUGUUGGUUCAACUCAUUUAGUUGAAAAUGAAGCAAGUUUGAAUGUCAACAAUGAUUACAGCCAUGCGAAGAAACAUAGAAUAGCGCAUACCACUCGCAAACCAGGAAACAGAUCUCUGUAUGGGGUGAUUUCCAAUUCAUCAGAAUUACCAAAGAUUAUAGAAUCAGAAAAAUCUUCGUUCGAAGAUAAGUCUGUCAACAAUAAUACAUUGGAUAAUUCUGAGGGUGAAAAUGCUGCAGUAUUUGAAGUAUCCAAUGGCUGUAUAGGUAAUACAGAAAGGACCAGUUACAAGAGAGAUUUCAAUUCCUUAGCUGGGUACGAAGGUGAAAAUAGAUCAAAUGAUAUCAGUGAUACUGAAUUCCCUUCAUUGGCAACUAAACCGAGUGUCACAUGCAGAAAUGGCAACACUGACAAAAUUAGGUCCAAUGAUCGUACAGAUAUGAAGGAAUCUGUUGUGAAUAAAACUUCAGUUAACAAGGAUGUGAUUUCUCGUCAACCAUCUAUUGUUAUACCCAGAAUGUAUUUUGACGUUGCCGGUGUUGUAAAUUCCUCCAGUGGUAUGCAAUGCUCAGAGAGUAUCGAGACAAGAAAAGACUCACCUGUACCUAAUUCUGAUGAAGUUAGCAAAAUCGAUACACCGCUAAGAAUCUUAAGAUCUAAAACCAAAGUCAAAAGGUCUAAUAGUACAGUAUCGUCAAGCACCGAGCCUACACAAACUACUGAAGAUGCAGUUAACCGAAAUCCCACACCUAAUAAGCCUAAGAGAAUAUCACAGAUAACAAACGUGGAACUUGCAUCCCACAGUGAUGUUAUUCAUUCACCAGAGUCUCUUGAUAAUGAUGAUGUGUUAGAGGUAGAAUUAGAUAUUCAUGAUACUUCUAUUUCGGUCGAAUCUGAUGAAUGUGAAGACUCGAGGAACAAAUCAUUCAACAAUGAGAACGCUGUUCCCAUAUUGGCGAAGCGACCAUAUAAAAAGAAAAGAAGAGUUGAUGUGUUAACUCCUAGUCCCAUCAGAGAGUUAAGAUCAAGGAGUAUAUUGUUGAGCCCUUCAAAAAAUUCAUUAAAACAUGACGGUGAGGAAACGAAUAACGAGAUUGCAUCAAAUGCCACAGAGUUAGAGUUAGCAAAGUGUAAUGUCAAUAUGCAAUGCAACAAAAGCUUUGGUCCAAUAUCAUUGCUCGAGCAAUAUUUAACGGAACAAAAGUCCAGUACAUGCAAGAAAUUCAAUAAAAAGCUACAGCAAAGAAAGGAAAAUCUAGUCUUGAAGGAAUUGUCUGAAUUAGUUGUAAACGAGGAAUGGACAAAAAUCACACUUUCAAAUGCGACUGAAAGGCUUUCACACUUCAAAAAACAUACAUUAGCAAAGUGUACAGUUGACUUCUUGUGCACAAAAGCAAUGGAACAUGAGUUGUUGGAUCGUACUUAUACACCUCCAGCUCCGAUAUUGUCAAAAACACAACAGCGAAUUAUCACUAUGCUGAUUGUCCUAAAUCGAACGAUACCUGACCUAAUCAGACUUGUUCAAACUGGGAUUGAGUAUAAGCUUUUCCGGCUGGGUUUCGCACCUGAGGUAGAAGUUGUCGAAGAACUAGUACGCGUAUUCACUGCAUUGGCUCGAAUACAGAAAGACAGGGAAAAAAUUAGAAUUCUAUGCUGCGAUGCUAUAUAUUGCCUUGGGAUGAAGGCAAUCCCUCUCGUGUACACCGUUCUUAUUAGUUGGCCUGAAGUAUUACCCAUGGCUGGAACAAGCAAUGAUCCACUGCUUCUGUGCCUAACUCAGGCGAUAGUUAUGCAGAGCGGCGAUACAUCAUUCCCCAAGUUCUUGCCCCUGAAGAAGCUUCUUUCCGGCUAUUAUAAGUACACGUCUGACGACCCUUUCUAUACAAAUUUAACGCAGAAUUUUAUGACUGCUUUGAAAGAUAAACGUCAAAACGGUUUGGAUACAGCAAUAAUACUUCUUGCUAAAAAGAAAGGUGCAAUUUGGGCUUAUAAGAAUAUUAUUCAGGGUGGCUUGUUGCAGAUGAUCAUUGAAAGGGUUCAUCCGUCUAUAUACGAUGCCUUUUGUCUCCUAGGUUACAUAAUGCGAUCAUUUUCGGUAAAUGACAAGGAAGGUUUCGUGAAAAACAUCCUUGAACAGCUGUGUGCGCUCAUGGUAUCUGGAGAAGGUUCGAUGCAACAGCAAGAAGGUGUUGCAACAGCACUGAUAAGCUUAAAUCGACACAAAUUAGAUGUCGUGGCAAAGACUCUUUUAAAUUGGAAACCUUGCGAGCCGAUUUCGGAACCAACGACUCAACUGCUGACUAACUUGUUCCGUAUACACCAAACAAAGUGGUGGCUUAAAUUUAUCCGAAAGAACUCUAUAACAUUAUCUAUCGAUGCAAAGAUGUGAUCCAAACCAGGUUUGCCGUAUAUAUUAUUGCAGUUUAUUUCAGAUGUUUACGAUGAUUUACUUUCAUUUACUCGAUACCUGAUUCACACAUUUCCUCUGAGUAUUAAGGUUCAGAGUUUCUGAUCAGUAUACCAAACAGGGGCUUUAGUAAUGGUUAUAAUCGCAUCACCUAAUCAAUAAACUCGCUAAAGCAACAGGACAUGAAGAUAAUUUUAAUUUUUAUUUAUUUAUACUUUGGACGCAAGGUAAUUAAAAUUAAAAUUACGUGGGUAAUUUCAAAUUUUAAUAACUCAGUGGUUGAAUGAUUACAUAACAUUUGCUCAGUUUUUACUCUUUGCUUGUAGAUCUUGAACUACAACGAAAACGUUCAUGUAAUAUAGCUGUAAUACUUACAGGCAAUAUCGUAAGUACAAUAAAUUUCAAUUCAACAUUUUUAUAUUAUUGCUACUUUAUAAUUCUCAUUUUUCUGUCAUAUUAUUCAUGUAACUUUCAACAAUGUUUUCAAGUAUACUUUGUAAAAUGUAGUUUCAAACGAUACAAUAUAUCAUACAUACGUUUUCGACAUGAGAAAACCGUGUCUCGACCGUCAUAUUGUCAUAUAUCUUCAAAUAAGUGAUAAAAGUAUGGUACUUUUCAUGAUAUAUGAUACGGAACGCAAAUAACGAAAAAAUUGAUUAGAUUGAUCGAGGAUCGGAAGGUUGCUUGACCUAGAUCCUGUAUCUCUAGUAACAUCAGCAGGUUACUGACCGAUUGCCUAGAUCCUGUAUCUCUAAUAACAUGGGCUGACGAGUACGUGGUAACAAGUAGAGAUGAAGCAAUUCCGAUAAGACGGGGUACGACAUAAAAAAAAAUCGGCUCGCUACGACGUUUAAUGAGUAUGCAAAAGAUUAUAGUCUAUCGCAUAUACAAGACUAAUCAUCUUUCAAUAUAGGGUAGAGUUCGCGACGUCGCAGCAGGAGAAGAAACGGAAAAAAAACAUGAUUGUUAAUUGGAUAUUACGUGUAUAUAUGCAUAGUACCAGUCAAGAGUAAUAAAACUAAAAAUUGUGGUAAAUAAAUUAAAUUCAAUUAUUUUUUAUGCUACUAAACAUUUGGGAAACAAGAUUACAAGUUCUCUUUCUUUUUCGUUCAUUUUUUUUUUUUUUUUUUUUUUUUUUCACUUUUAAUAAUAAUAUUUCAACAUAUAUUCGUAAGCUUCCAUACGCAGAGCACACUGGUACAUGUAUAUUUUUUUACAAAAAUAAUUAACAAUGUUUUUUUACAACAUUGUCGAUUAAUGAUUUUCCAUUUUUUACUUUUUCUUUCUUUCUAGCUAAUAAGGUUAGCAGCUUCCUUUGGAUUUAGUUAUUUAUUUAUUACUAUUUAUUAGUUUCAAUGACGAUUGCGUCACUUUGGUACAUAUACAACUGACAGCUUUAACCACAAGUAUGUAAGGUGUAACGAUGUAUAUUUUGCAAACUUUAAUGAAAUAAACAACAGUAGAACGAAGAAAAACCACACCCCUCUGCACAAUCAAUUUUACCUACCGGGCAACGAAGAAUUAACAAAUUGUAAUAUUGGUAUUUUUGUAACCGAUUUUACACGGCAGAAAAUAUAUUAAAUUUUUUCAUCAUUAUUAAUCCAAAAUUAAUCAGCAAAAAAAUCUAGAUUGUACAACAGCGGGGCGUGGUGUGAUUAUUAGAAACAAAAAGAUACAUAUGGUGCUGUCUGAUGUAUUCAAAUGCCACCACUGUCUUCACGUGUUAUUAAAUAUAUUAGAUCACGUUACAGGUUCGUUAAUAACUCUACUACGAUUUUGGUACUGUAUUAUAAGUCGAGAAUAUCGUCAUUACCGAUCUACAUACGUAGUUUAGUUUUAUUACGUUCUUUUUUUUCUCGCAGUCGACUGAGUUAGA